AUGUCGCGUGCAGUGCCUUCGGUACCCUUGCCAUGGUUGGGGUGCGAGACGGGAGCCCUGGAAGCCAUCGGUGCGCGCUUUUUCGCCACAGGACCGACGGUGUACGUGGUGACACCGACGUACCGGCGCGCCAACCAGGCCCCCGUGUUGGUACGGCUGUCACAGACGCUCAUGCUGGCAGAGGCUCGCAUCUUCUGGCUCAUCGUCGAGGACGCCAAACGGCCAUCCGCGUUGGUGGAAAAAAUAUUGCGCCGGACGGGGCUGGCCGGCGUUCACCUGGCCAGUCGGACUCCCUCGAAAUUGCGGCAAAUCAAGCGUGGCAAGUUCGUCGCCCGCCACAUGAAGGCGAUAGCGUGGCUGCGAAAGAACGCCGUGCUGCCCUCUGUGCUGUACUUCACCAAAGAGGACAAUUCCUACGACCACCGCUUGUUCGCUCAGCGUACGCAGAUUGCUCAGGUUCAGCGGGUCGGCGUGCUCCCGGUGGCACUGUCGGGUGCUUACAACGUCAGUUCUCCCCUGGUGUCGCCCGAUGGCCGGGUCGUGGGCUUCCACGAACCGCCGGAGCCGGAACGUCCUUUUCCCAUGGACCUCGCCGGGUUCGCCGUCAACAUGCGGCUCGUACUGUCCAGCGCCAGCCCCAACAUAAGCUUCGACUCGGCCCAAGUCGCGACUGUGUUUCUCGAGAGCCUCGGCGUCACCAUGGACGACUUGGAGCCGCUGGCAAGCAACUGCACUGAGACUACGUGGCCUCUUACACUAGCUGCGCGGGAAGACAGUGCGCACGAAGGCGUCAGCCAUUCUGGCUCGCCCUCAGGCUUGACACUGGCCCCCGCCACAGCUGACCUCCAGCAGAGGGCGCGUAGGCCGGUUAUGCGCCCAGCCUGGAAGAAGCAUGAGCAUCAGAAGGGGCAUGAGGCGUGA